UCAGUGUUUAAAAGUUCUAGGGUUUCUUGUGAGUAGAUGGUAAUGGCAGGACUUGGUUGCCAGAUGGGCAUUUAAGCACAUUUUGGCAUCAAUAGUCUACCCAACUAGCACCCCCUGAAAGAUGAGGGGAGCAUCAGGUAACCUGGGUGAAGUGUUGUUUGUUUGUUUCCGUUUAAAAAAUUGAAAAUGUUGACAUUGAUAAGAGAAGUUAUUCACACCUGGUCUUUUACUGGCAGGUGGGGGGCAAUGGCAGGGCCAGCGAGGGAUGGUUCCCUUUUGAUUUUUGCUAAAGGUAGGAGCCCCUUGUCCAAAUCUCACCUGGCCAGAGUUGCUGCUUGCUUCUCUUCCACCGCUGGGGAAACGGCACCUGUGCCAGCCAAACUUAACAGAGCAGGAUAUUUUAGUGGGGUGGUGAUGGUUGGGAUAUUGAGUUAUGGGGAGUCUGCAGUCCUUUUGAAAAAAUGCUUAUAUGAUUUUAAAAACCCUAACUACCCCAGAGAGGAACUGUACAAUUCCACAUGUGCUAAUACACAAGUUAUUGUGGACUGGAAUGCUUUAUCUGCUACAGAAAUAAUUGUUAUUGGCAAAAAAGGGGGGAAUAGUGCUAUUUAUUAUCUUUAAUCCUUUUUAAAAAAUCUGUACCCCUUCACUUAUUAACACAGCCUGCUAACCAUGAAUUUAUGCAUCCCUGAAGGAUUGUGAGGCAGCUGUGCUUGGACAGGAUAGUGAAUCAUGGGGAAUGGGACACAGAGGGUGUUAUUUUUGUGAUUUGACAACCUUUAGCUUGGUGUUUAAAAAACAACAACAUUUAGCUUGGUAAGUCUCUGUUUGAUGAAGAAGCACAUAAACUACUUUAGGAAAACCAACAAAUUUUUAUUUUACCUUUGAAAAUGUCAGCUAAUAAUAUUAAAAUAUAAUAUAACUGGAAGUACUUGGCAACCAUUUAAAAUGAUUUUUAUGUAAUUUUACACAUUCACUUACCAAUCAAAACUAAAUUAUAUUAAUUUAACCAAAAUAUAUUUCUAAUUCCCAAGUCAUGUAACAACUUUUUAGAAGCCCUCAUUUUUGGAAUUUGAAAGUUGAAAAAUUCAAUAUAUCUUACUGUGACAGAACCUCUGCACACAGCCUGAACCCAAAGCACAACCUCCACUUCAGAGGAUUGCAGAUAUUGGUUUUCUGAGCCUCCCUUUUCUGGGAAGCCACUUCACUCUACCAGCAACUUGUGUAAAAUGUGGACCUCUGUUCCAUCUGCUGUGUGUGUUGUGGGAAGAAACACAAAGCUCUUUUUCAGCCAUGAAGUGGAAUCCAAAGCAUGUUUACUCAGAUACAACUCCUGUUGAGUCGAUAAACUCACAGUGCAGUCCUAACCAUGUCUCCUCAGAAAUAAGGCCUACUGAAUUCAAAUAGGUUGUAAACAUUUCCUAAUCCACCACAUUGCCAUAAAGCAGUAUUUUCCCACAGUGGCUGGAGAGGGUGAUACAGCCUGAAGUUCCCCUGUGCCACCUUCCAUUAUACCUGCAUGUUGUUUUCUCUCUUCCAGAAAGGGCUGGUCAAACAUGUUUGCUUUGACCCUCAACUAGGAGGCUUUCUGUUCCUCCUUCCCCUUCCGGGUCUCCAGCUGUUUCUCUGCCUCUACCUCACGCCAGGACCAUCCAAAUUAUGCAUGCCUGGAAAGCCGUGGUCGGCACUCUGGCCUUUACAGGCCUGGAUGUGACAGUGACCACCUUGCUGUACAAACACAGCCGCAGUGGUGGCAGCUUCCUUCAGGAUCUGAAGCACUUCAACAUAUUCGACUCCAUGCUGGACAUCUGGGGGGCCUGCCUGUACCGGAGUUGUGUGCUUUUGGGUGCUGCCAUUGGGGUUGCGAGAAACACUAUCUAUGGUCCCAAGCGCUUGAAAGGAUCCCGGAUCUUUAUCACACUUGUCUGCCUUGCGGUGGGGAUUUAUGCCCUGGUCAAGCUGCUGCUCUACUCGGAGGUGAGGAAGACCAUCAAAGACCCCUGGUUUUGGGGUUUGUUUGCCUGGACAUACGUGUCCCUGGCGGCCACUUUCUCCUUGUGGCAGCUGCUUUCUUCGGUGAGACCUGCCAGGGAGACUCUGGGAGUAAAUUCCGAAUCUAGGACUGAAGCAGAAGAAAUUGGGGAUCCAAGUUUGCCUGAUGCCCAGGAAAAGAAAGAGGAGGCGUCAGCAGCCACCAUUUGUAAGCUGUUGUCUUACACCAAACCAGAUGUUCACUUCCUUGUAGUGGCCUUUUUCUUCCUCUUAGUGGCUGCUUUAGGUGAGUACAUCUGUUGGUGAGACUAUAGGAAGCUGUCUUAUACUGAAUUGGACCAUUGGACCAUCUACUUCAUUGUUGUCUACACCAGGGGCUCAUUCAGACUUCCACUUGUCCUGCCAUUUUCUCACCGCUGAAUUGUAGCAAAUGCCAAUCAGGUUUUCCAUGGAUUGAUGUUUACUCCAAUUCAACCUGUUUGCUAAAGAGUGGGUUUUCCCAGAGAAAGUGGCGGGGCAAACGGAAGACCACUUGGGCCCUUCCCUAGCAAGCUCAGGACAAGCAGAAAACCUCUCAGCCCUUUGCUUUGUAGGCAUGGGACGAGCAGAAGCGUGGAUGAGCCCCAGGCGUGGGGAGCCUGAGGGCAGCAUUCCCUCAGGGUCAGACUUGCAGAGGCAGCAGACAGACUGCUAACUUUGUAUAGUUCAGCCACACAAAAGUGAGAGAUUUUGGUGCAUACAUUUCUCGAGUCCAGCAAGCGAGAGGCACUUUUGCAGUUCAAGGAUAAAUCCCAGCGAGGGGAAACAACCAGAGGAGGGAGUGUGGCCUGGGAGGAGUCCAAGGGCCAAAUAGAGAGGUCUGGACUGGCAGAAGUUCUCCAGUGUUACUGACAGGGGACACGGCCAUCCCUGCCUAGAGGUGACGGAGAUGGAACCAGAGACCACCUGCAUGGCAAGUGGUUCCUCUAUCACUGAGUUAUGGCCCUUUCCUUAAUAAUGCUUUCCAAUUGUAUAUACACUGCAGGCAGGUGGUUUGUUACUGUGUUUAUAUCCCUCUCCUCCAACGAGCUCAAGAUACCGUGCAUAGCUGUUCCUGUUUUAUCCUCCCAAGCCACACUGUGAUGAUAAGGUUGGGCUGAGAGACUGUGACAGGCCCAUGGUCACCCAGUGCGUUUCAUGUCUGAGUUGAGGUAUGGACGCUUCUCUCCCAGGUCCUCUGUCCAAUGCUCUUGGCCACAACAUUACCCUGACAGAUGCAAGUAAAUUUCAGGGGUGUGGCAGCUCAGACCUUAGGGCUUUGCCCAUCCUAUGUCCCUCUUGCAGGCCACAUCCCCCGCUGGCCUCAUUAUCGCAUCCUCCUCAAGUGUUACUUUGUGGCUAGUAGGCACCCUUAAACCACAAUAAUGCAAUUUGCUUGCCUGGACAAUGGUUUGUGUGCUCGUAAAUCUCUGCUUUUUGUACAGUUGGAAUUUUAUAUUUAUAUUCAAAGUUUAAUCGUUAUGUGUAUACUGUUUAAUUGUAAGCAACAGCCCUAAGCUGUUUACAAAGAGCAUAAAAUAUACCUUAAAAUAAUCAAUAAAAAUCAAAGGGUGGGAUUCAACUGAAGCCUGUUAGCGGAAGCACUGCUUCCACCUCUUCUCCCCCAGCACACUCUCUGUGCCCCCAAAUUUGACUUUUGGGGGUUGGGAGAACCCCAAAAACAGCAUGCAGGAGGAGGAGAGGGGGGUUGCUCCGUCUUGCAAAGUGAAAUUCUUGCCCUGAUGGAAUCACCUUAGCAUAACACUGAAUUCUUCCCCAAGUUAAAACAUUAAAAAAAAUAUUAGCCUGCUAUACAGAGAUAAGAGUCACAUGUGCCACCCUUCCCACUUUUACCUUUGGUCGGACGCAGCCCCUCAACCGUUGCGCCUUGGGCCCCCGCCGCCCUUCCUUUUCAGGGCUUGGGAAGACACAAGGGGCUGAAUGUGUUUGAAGAUAACAACAGGGAUUCUUGUCUUUACAUCCUUCUUGGGUUUUUGCCUUUAAUCUGCCUUGUCAUCCCCCCCAACAGGAGAGACAUUCCUUCCGUACUACACAGGUCGGGCCAUUGAUGGAAUAGUAAUCCAGAAGAGCAUGGAGCAGUUCUCCACAGCGGUGGUCAUCAUGGCCCUCCUGGCCAUAGGAAGGUAGCCUUACUUGAGUAGUUGGACCAAACUGGAAUAAUUGACCCACAGGCGGGCUGGAAAAUCUUGUCAUGUUGCAUAAUGUGACGUGGUGGAGUUAUCUUCCAUAUAGUUGGGGCCUGAGUAUAGGAAUCCAUUCCCUGCUUCUUCUUUUAACUUGCAGUGAGAAUCCUAUUCAAUUUAGUCCCAGAAUUAUUUUUCUUAGAAAGGAAAUUCCUUUCUUAGCUGUGGAGCAAGGGUAGCUAUUGUGGUGCCCUGCAGAUGUUGUUGGGCUGCAGCGUCCACCAACCCCAGUGGCAAUGGCCAGUGGCCAGGGAUGAUGGAGGAAGUGACCCAAUGGCAUGUUGAGUGCAUCACAUUGACUACCUUUGGUGUAGAGACUGAGGCACCCUGGGAAGAUGUUCACAUAAGCCAACAGCUCAGGAGACACUGAUUUGCGUACUUUAAAAAAUAAGGGUCCAUAUUCUACUUCCCUUUUCAUUUUAAAUCCUCUCACACACUCUGGAUAGGAAUCACAUGUUGCAUGCAUGUCUCUCAAUGACUUUUUUUGCUGCCCAGGGCAGCCAUUUUGUGAUUGCACCCACAAAACCUUUAUCAAUAUACGAGUACCGGCACUUCAUUUUUUAAAAACUAAAAUAACUCUACUGCACUGACCAGACUGGCUGGGGCUGAAGUCCAACAACAUCUGUAAGGACACAGCUGACCUUCUGCUUCACAACUUGAAAACACCUUUCACACUCCCAAGCAGUGAAAGCUUUCAUAAAGAAACAUCCGCCAUCUCUUGACCAAAAUUUCAUACGGAUUCCAGAAGGCUGAGGAAGCGGCUUCUAGGCCAGAUCUAGACUGCUGGCUCACUCCAGAUACUGAGCAAGAGCAGUGAAAUGUGAAACUCUUGGGGUGGUCGUCAGAGCCUCUGAAGCACUUGGUGCUCCUGUGUCCCAUGACAAGGGUGGCCAAUGUGCUGCUCUCCAGAUGUCGCUGGACCACAGCUGCCAUCAAUCCCAGGUCAGGGCUGAUGGGAGUUGGAGCCAACAACAUCUGGAGGGCACCACAUUGGCUGGGCCUGUCCCCAGGUUUUGCCUUGGCUUCUUCCUCUUGCAUGGUAGGACUGGGCUGAGGUGUCGGUGUGUCGGUGUAUCGGUGUCUGUCUGUCCUAUAACGUCUCUUAUCUGCAAUCAGUUCAUUUGCCGCAGGUAUCCGGGGCGGAGUCUUCACCCUCGUGUUCGCUAGGCUGAACAUUCGGCUACGCAACAGCCUCUUCCGGUCGCUGGUCUCACAGGAAAUGAGUUUCUUUGAUGAAAACCUUACUGGUGGGUUUCUUUUAUCUGUGCUGUGAGAUCUUUUCAUGUCAGGAAAUGGAGACACUUAGAAUUACACAACAGGGAAUUUCUCCAGUAUAACUAUUGGGGUGGGGGAGGCUUUAAACUGGGGGUCUGAAGGACGACCUCCCCCUGUAUCAGCUGUGAUGGGAUGGAUUGAGGAUUAAAUCUGUAAAUUUAAAUUUAAACCUCCUGUCCCAUGUAUGUGGGAGAAAUAUGAGAGUAAACAGGCUAUGAAAACCACUUAUGCACUUUUGCAGCCUAUUGGAAGCUAGGAAUUAGGCAAUUACACAUUUUAUCCCUGUUUAUUUGUGGUCCGCUGACCUCUCCUCUCCUUGUCCUCAUUGCUGAGAAUGAAAACACAUAUUUUAGUAAAAACGAAAAGGUUUACUUACAUUUCAAUGCAGGGAGGAAAUACAUCACAGUAGUAUGCAGGUAAAAACACUUCUUAGUUACAAAAUACAAAAUUACUUUUCUAAAUGGAGUCUGGGUUCUGAGCAGAGCCAAGGCAGGUACAUCUGCUCAUAUUGCUGGCUUGAAAGAAAGAGAGAGAGAGCACACUCAGGCAAAAAGACGUACAAAAUAUCUCCUUUGUUAGAAAUUCCCACAAAAACAUUAAGGAAGUGAUCUCAUGCAGUCUUUUCUAUAUUGAUUCAAGAACUCUAUGACCCCUCAUGUGCCUAUCUGGUAAUCAUGCAUUUGUGUAUUUUUACUGGUAAUCCCACAAGUUUAUGGGCAUUAUGCUCAGAUGAUCACGCCUCCACUCCAUAUGGCCUCACAGAAGAGAUUUUAACUGUGAUAGCUGUGAAUUAAGGGGAAGCGAGGCCUUUGUUUUGGAGGGACCAGAAACAAACGCCUUCUCACUCUGAACCUCUUUUAAGGCAGCAGCCCAAUCCAGCAUGGCCAGUGGUUAGGGAUUAUGGGAAAUGUAGUUCAGCAACACCUGGAGGGCCACAGGCUCCACACCUUUCUCCUUUUACCUUAGCAGGCACUGGUUGAAUUAAAUAGGCUUUGGCAUCUUUUAAAAAUCAUUCUUUUCUCUUUUGUACUACAAUUGUUUUUAAGUAUCCCCCCCCACACACACACACUUUAAACACCAGAAAAACAAAUUAUAAGUGUUUUAUAUAAUCCACAAGGAAACGGCAAUAUUGAUUGCUUUUCAGUGCCACUUAAUUGUGUGCAGGACAGACAUUUAGUACUUGCAGCGGCUCAUUAUUCCCAUUUUAUUUGUACGCCCCCUUUCCAUAGUUCAAACCAUGGUUAGACUUACAACAUGAAGAAAAUGACAUAUUUACAAACAUCAAAAGAACCAGUAGUCAUAAUAAAUAAAUUAAACAUCAAAAAGCAUGCAACCAAACUGAACAGUUUCCACAGAAAUCAUCAUAAUAAGAUCUAAAAGAAAGAUACAAAAAUUAAUAUUAGUAACAGCAACAAGACCUUCUAAACAAUACUCCCAGCCCAAGAGUCUGUUUGGUGGCUCUGAGAAUAGCAGCUACUUCCUGUCGAUGUGAGUUCCACAGAUCUACACAAUAGCAGUGCAAACUUUUUGUUUCAUUCUCAUCCUUGCAGAAAGGUGCUUUUAUGGGGUGAACUGUGGCUUAAGGAAGCUUCCCAGGCUGUUGAAUAGAAUUAUAGAGUUGGAGGAGACCCUGAGGGUCAUCUAGUCCAGCAACUUGCAGUGCAGGAAUCUUGCCCACAGCAGUCCCUAGGUGGGCUUAAACCACCAAACUUCUGGUUAACAGCCAGGCACACUGACUCAUUGCAUCACUGUUUCUCAGUCAACCCCCUAGAGGAGGAACCUCAGCCCCAGGGCCAAAUCCAGCCCUCCAAGCCUCUCUACUCCCCUCCCAGACCCUGCUUUGUAAUCUGAGUGUUUUUGCCUGGCUGGGAUCUAACACUGAACUCUGAAAAUGCUUCUUGCUUGCCUGCAUGAAAUUGAUGUGUGCAUGCAUAAAAGCUAGCCUGCCAUAAAGGUAAAGUUUACAUUCAGGAAAAAAGUUCCUUUUUCAGAGCUCCAGGAACAAGGAAAAAGGAAAAAGGGAGGGUAUCUAUUUUUAUGUACACAUGUAUUCCUAGCUCUCCUACUCUACUCCUACAGCCUAACAGCAGCACUAAAUAGAGCAGCUGGCCUCACUCUAAAAGUUAAGAAGGUGCAAGUGACCAAGGGACUGAGGCUGAUAGGAAUGUGCUCAAAGACCCAUGGCCCAAGUGCUCAAGAAUUUGAAAUGCGUAUUACAGUCAUACCUCGGGUUGAAUGUGCUUCAGGUUGAGUGCUUUCAGGUUGCGUUCCGCGGCAACCCGGAAGUAACGGAGCGUGUUACUUCUGAGUUUUGCCGCUCACACAUGCGCAGACGCUAAAAAUGACGUCACACGCAUGUGCGGAAGUGGCAAAAUGCGACCCGCAGAUGCGCCAUCGUGUCUUACAUUCCAUUCAGGAUGCGAAUGGGCCUCCGGAACGGGUCCCGUUCGCAUCCCGAGGUACCACUGUAAUCUGAAUGUUUUUCCAAGAACCAUAAGCCCCCUCACUGCCUUGAGAAGCUCAUGAUCUAAAUCAAGGUGGUCCAACACGAGGCCUGACCCUGAGGCCUUUUCAGAAGUCCUUGGCAACAUUUGAUGCCCACCCCACCCCCGGCCCUUGCACUGCCUUUCCAAAACCAGAUAAGGAAGCCCUGGGCUUUGGGAAGGAGGCGUGAGGGCUGUGACAGGUUCUCUUUCCUCCUUCCCAAAGCCUAGUUAGCGUUUCCCCAGCUUUGGGAAGGAGAGGUCCCAGACCCUGCCAGAGCCCUGUGCCUCAUUUCCCAAGCCUGCACCUUGCUUAGGCAGCUUGGGAAGGCAAUGUGAGGGCUGGUGGGGGUGUCAGAUUUUGGGCUCGCUCCCCCCUCCCAGCGCACAGGCAAGGCCCACAGAUUCCAAGUUGAGGCACUCUUGCGGCCUACUUGGUAUGAGAAGCUGGGCUGCCCUGAACUAAGUGAUGACGGUGUGAGAGAACAAUGAAGAGCAGGAAGGAGUGGGAUGUGCAUUGCUAAUGGCCCUGGCAUGUGGAAAUGCAGGUCCACAUGGCUAGGUUCCAUUCUGGCUGCGGGUGAGGCCCAAGGGCUUCACGGCAGAGCUGAGCUUCAAAUAGGAUUUGAUGGAUGAAAGAAACAUGAGGCCACAUGUAGGGAUUGGGGAGAAGGCAGGUGGUAGCAAGCGGGGUGAGCAGAGCCACUUAAGGAAGCCUGGAGAGCCCACUAUGUACUUUUCCUACUGCGGGCAUCAUGCUCUGGGGGUACACAUACCCCUAAACAUUUUCUGAAUCUUUGUACUUUUGUCCAUUCACUGUAUUUAUUUUUCCUGAUUUGAACUACAAAAUGGUGAUUUUCUUGAGUCACAAUAAGACUACCCCUAAACAUUUUUUAAGGGAAAAAACACUGGCCGUAUCAAUGAUCCAGCCAACUGCAUCUCACAGCAUUAUAGCAGUCUGUGGAGGUACUCCAGUUGUGGUGGAGCACUUCCUUUGCAUGCAAAAGGCUGCAGGUGGAAUCCCCAGCGACUCCAGGUUAGGGCUGGAAAGGCUCCCUCUCUGAAACCCUGGAGAGCCACUGCCAGUCUGUGUUGACAAUAUAGAGCUAAACGAACUGAUGAUCCUGCUUAGUACAAGAGCUUCAUACGUUCCUUGAAGCAAUCAGAACAUUGGCCUCUGGAUGUAAAUGCUCAAGGUGCAAAUAUGGGUUUAGAACAAACUCUUCUUUGCAAUUUUGUCUUGGAUCUAGCUGCUCCCUCCUGCACACCAGUCUGUGUCAAAAACUACUUUUGGAUCUCCUCUUGGUUUAAAAGGGAUUUGCCUCAUGACAUAGAGGGGAGGUCACUGUUAAAGAAACACACACACCACUUGCGUAGAUGCAACUAGCUGCACAGUUUUUUGGAUCCUGGCCCAAAGGGUUUUUGAGUUAAGGAUGUGUUUCAGCCUCUCUGUGGUCUGCCCUCUGUGUUGAGGGUUCUGGCAGCAAGCUUUUCUCUGACCAGAAGGCACCACAAUAUCCUUGGCUCCUUGCCUUCCGGAGAAAGAGAGAGAGAGAGCACUUGCUGAAUUUCUCAGAUCUGCAGCAGGAAGCAAAUGAUGAACUGGGGCUCAGUUAAAGGGCACAGAGGCCCUGUGUGCUACCAUAUUCAUAGCCCCUCUGCAACUCAAAGAACCAUUUAGGGAAGGGUUUAUUGUAGUCUUUGGUUGUACUCCUGUGUUGCGGAUGCAGAAAAAUGAUUAGUACUUUCUAGUGAAUCAGGCUAUAUUGAGAAACUGCACAAUCACACACCUAGAAUUAUGCACUAUGUCUCUUCCUCUUUGGUAGACACUCAUCUCUCAACGGCGUAGGUUUCCUUCUUGGGAGUGGAGGUGGCCAGAACCUGAAUGGAGCACCUGAGUGCAGUUAGUCAGUCACAUCCCCAUUUGGAUGAUCCUUUUUUUAAAGUAAAGUAGGGAUACCCAGCCAUUUUGGGGUCCAAGAGCCACAUUAAUAAUUGGCCCACCUUCUGGGGGCCACAUGCUAGACCCACACUCACACACAUGUGUGAGCGCACACCCACCCACCCACACUCUAAAUUACAGUAUACUCACAUGUACAGGACACACAUGCAGGGUGUGAAUGGAACAAUUUGCAUCCCCGUUGGGGAGCUGGGCUGGGCUGAGAGGUUUAAAACUUUCUGUGUACCUCAGUGUCAUACUGAUUACAGUGGUACCUCGGGUUACAUACACUUCAGGUUACAGACUCCACUAACCCAGAAAUAGUGCUUCAGGUUAAGAACUUUGCUUCAGGAUGAGAACAGAAAUUGUGCUCCAGCGGCACAGCGGCAGCAGGAGGCCCCAUUAGCUAAAGUGGUACAUCAGGUUAAGAACAGUUUCAGGUUAAGAACGGACCUCUGGAACAAAUUAAGUACUUAACCCGAGGUACCACUGUAUUAUUUUCCCUUUUUGCUGCUGCCAAAAUCAGUGUGAGAGCCAGAAAAAAUUCCUUGAGGGGCCAGAUCAGUCAGCCUUGGUGCAAACGGUUUGGAGUGGGAGAAGCCAUUGGGUUUAUUUUGUGAUAAACCCCUAACUUGUAACUCUUGGUAGAUUGCCUAAGAUGUGGUCCUAUCUAGCUAGACCACUGGCCCACUAGCUCAGUAAUCUCACACUGACUGGCAGCAGCUCUCCAGAGUUUCAGACAAGGAAGUCUGUGCCUGGCGAUGUCAGGGACUGAACUUGGGUCCUUCUGCAUGCAAAGCAGAUCCUUUAGCACUGAACUACGGCCCCUUCCUCUGUGCCCUUCCUGUGUGGCAAUUUGUGGUUGUUGUACAAGGAUGGCACACUCCAGCUGGAACAGGCCCUGGUUUGGCUUUCAGUCCAGCCUGUAAGUGGGGUCAAGUUCUGUUUUCUGUUUCUUCCUUUAAAGAAAAUGCAAUUGAUUGGCUGGGGUUUUGUUGUUGUUGUUACAACUAUUGCUAUUUGCUAAUUUUAUUCCUGUUUUUCAUAAUUAUUUAUUGCAUUUUGAUUUGAUCUUUUUUAAAAGAAAAUUGCUUUGCAUCCUUGAUACCCAUAGAUCAUUUUUCAAAUACGUAUUUCCCAGGAUUGCACAUUAGGACCUUAAACUGUAGCACUUUAUUUUUUAAUAAUAAGAAUAAUUAAUAGAGAAUGUGAAUAUUUCAACUAAUAGGCAGAGUUCUCUCUGUGAGCAGAGAAAGCCCAUUUUGCCCCUUGCCCAGCACCCUCCAGCCCAUGGAUCUUGCUCUUCACACUUUGCUUCUGUUCUCAUUCUCUCUCUUUCUCUCUCAGGUGACAUUAUUUCCCGGCUGACGUCGGACACGACGAUUGUGAGUGACCUGGUGUCGCAGAACAUCAACAUCUUCCUGCGCAAUAUGGUCAAGGCCACAGGGGUGAUAGUUUUCAUGUUCAGCCUCUCGUGGCAGCUCUCCCUGGUAACCUUCAUGGGAUUCCCCAUAAUCAUGCUCAUGUCAGAUCUUUAUGGGAAGUACUACAAGGUUAGUGUUACCUGUAGCUUUUAAGCCUGACCCCAGAGCUCAUUCUCAGAGCUUGUCUGUCUGUUUGCCUGUGGGUGCUCUGCUUUGGGGACACAGGCACAUGGGAAGCUGCCCUUCUACCAAGUCCGACCACUGCUCCAUCUACCUCAGUGCACUGACUGGCAGUGGCUCUCCAGGAUUUCAGACAGGGAACAUUCCCAGCCCCACCUAGAGAUGCUAGGGAUUGAACCUGAGAGCUCUGGCAUGCAAAACAGAUACUUUAACCACUGAGCUAAUAUCCUUUCCCACAGCAAAUUUGCUGUGUCCUGAGCAAUCUCCUGGCAAAGACUGUUCUGAGCAGUUUCUGAGAACUGUCCUAUUUUCACACACCAUCUCUUGAGUGCCUCUCUCUCAUAUAUUUUUUGUUCCAUUUUUAACCACAAAAACUAAUCAUCAAAAGAAAACAUUAAAAAAUAAAUCUUCAUGCUCAUGCAUUUUAUCUUCUGAAUUCGAAAAGGCUGACAGUGUGUGGAUUUCUGAUUUGGUUCGCCAAUAUUGCACAUACAAUUUCGGUCCUAUAUUCCAAGCCCAUGCACCUUGUUUUCUUGGCUGCUCUAAUACCAUCCUAAAAAGGAGCUGCAGAGAAGCAACAGAGAUGCACAGGGCUGCUGUUCAUAAAAUUCUGGAGGAGGAAGGCUUUGCAGAGGUCCUGUGGGGGUUUUUAUUUUAUUUCUUGGCCUUGGCAGCGCUGUUGUCCAGCUGCCUGCCUUGUCCUCCCUGUGGAGCGGAAUUGCAGUCUCUCUUGCCAAAGCAAGUGGGGAAGAGGCAUCGGCAGCUGCAGGUCGUCUUGCCUUCUCAGAUGACUUGAAAAGAAAUUAGAGCUGUCUCUAGAGAGGAGGUCCUAGGGCUGUGUCUUUCAGGGCAGGGGGACUCACUUCCAAAGAUUAUAUAUACGUUCUCUCUGUGGUAAUGCUGCUGCAUUUUCAUGGCAGGCUCUCUCCCCCAGCCAUCUCCUUUGAAAAGGAGGGCAUAACGGCCAAGUGUGUGUUGUAAGGUGACGGUAACAAUAUUGGCCAACCCUCCCUAGGGUCCUCCAUCUCCAACUCUUCUCCCAGGGUCUGACCAUGUCCUCCAUACACCUCCACAUGGAGCUCAGAACAGUAAGGAUUCAAGAGACUAUACUAUUAUUAUUAUUAUUAUUAUUAUUAUUAUUAUUAUUAUCUGGGCAGCCUCCAGCACAUAUCCAUGUGAAGUACCCUGAACUUUAACAAAACAAACAUCGCGUGAAUCCUAAAGGUUGCUGUUUAAAGAUAGAUUGUAAGCUCUCUGGAAAGCCACCCAACUUUUGAUGCAGCCAUCAUCACUACUGUUAUUUCCUGCAAAAGCACAUCACCUAUUUGUGGAAAACCUUUUGUAUGCUUUCUUUUAAAUCCGGGACCAUCUGUUUCAUGACAAGUUUCCACCCCUCCCCUCCUGCCUUGCCUGCAGGAGCUGGGAUUGAGGGGGGUUGUCCCCUUUCUCUUUUUUGCCAAUUUGUUUUUAUUGAUAUUCCAAUUUUUACCAAAUCAGCCACAAAUUAAAACAAAUUUAAUACAAUUUUUCCAAAAAUUGGUUUCUGGCCACUCCAUUUUGAUGCGUUCAAGGUUUCCUCUUGUUGCUGCUUUAUUUUCCUAGUUGUUUCUGGUAUGGGGGAUUGUUCUCUUGCGUGUGAUUUGUUCAUUCUACCUCUCCUCUCGCUGCCAUAACUUGUAAUACCAGUUGGGACAUCUGUGCACCUGGCUAAUCUUUUGUCCUUUGUGAGCGGCUGACCUUGCCUGCUUGCCUCUCUGUGAGUCUUUGCCGCCUGAGGUCAUCUGGAUGGAGUGCUUAAGUCUGCAAAUGUGCAUUUCCUGUUCUGCCUUGUCCUUCAUGCUUCCCCAGCUUGGCUCCCACUGCAAAGGCAAGGGGGGCUGCCCCAUGGAGCGCCACACAAUCUCAGUAAGGCUCUGCUUGAGUCACUGAAUGCCUGGCUCCCAGCCAACAGAAGUUUCUUGGCUCUCAUGCUGCAAGAUUAAUACUACUCAGCACUGAGGGGAACAGGGGAGGGUGUGUGGUUUUUUGCUACAUCCUGGUCUGUGGGGUAUGCAUAGUUUAUUGGCCUUUUGUUGGGGGGGGUGUUAGGGAUGGGGGAGAAAUUUGCUUGUCUUUGUAUCUUAAUGAGAAACUACCUAAUCUGCACCUCUCAAACCAAUACUAGUACCAGGACGCAGCUAGCCUUUGGAAUUUGGAGAUGCUUUAGUCCAAUCAAACAAUGUGCGCAGAGAUGCCUAUGCAUGGGGAAAGGGUGCAUAAAAGUAAAAAGAACCUAGAAAAAUUUCAUUAUCUUUGGGGAAAUUGCUUGCAUAAAUGUGUAUAUUAGUCAAAACUGCAUACAAAAAUGUGCUUGUUAUGAGAAAUUAGCACUAAUCUGUCAAUUUUAAUGAGAUUUCCCCCCCAAUAUCUUCUCCAAAAACAAUUGCUGCAGAAAUGUGGAGAACUCAAUUUAAGCCUAGAAAAAAUAGAAUAAAAAAUAGAAUUCAUGCAUCCCUUCUCUAUGUAUAAAUAUAGAUAUAUCGACAUGUAUUAAUUCUCUCUCUCUAGAUAUACUUUUUGUUCCAUUUUGAACUACAAAACUAAUCAUAGAAAAUAAAACAUAACAAAAUAAAUCUGAACACUUUAUAGUGUCUUCAUGCUCAUGUAUUUUAUCAUCUGAAUUCAAAAAGGCUGGUGGUGCGUGGAUUCCUGAUUUUGUUCUCUAGUAUUGCAUGUACAAUACCAACCCAAAAAGGAGCUGCAGAGAAGCAACAGAGAUGUACAGUGCUGCUGUUCAUAAAAUUCUGAAGGAGGAAGCCUUGCAGAGGUCCCAUGGGGAUUUUUAUUUUAUUUCUUGGCCUUGAUGGAUUUACCUGCUGAGCAGAUGACAAGAGGGAUGGGAAACCUGUGACCCUCCAGAUGUUUCUGGACUAUACAACCUCUCAUCCCUAACCGUUGGCUACGCUUGCUGAUGGAUGUUUAAGUCCAACAAAAUCUGGAGUGUACAAGGUUGGGAAAGGUUGUCUUAAGAUAUGCUCUGCAGGCCCUGCUCUGGGUGCCUCACUUUCAGUUUACACAGGCAGCAACGGGGAUGGGCAGAGGGGAGAAGUUCUGCUUGGUGGUGGCUUAUAUAAUACAGUUCCCUGAUAUAGUGGUAGCAUUCAGAAUCAGCGGGAACACAAAGCCAAACUGUGAUGUCUGAAUCUAUGCUCACAUAUUUGCCAAACCAGGAUAUUAACCUGUAUAGUUUGGUGUGUUCUUCUUGUUAUGCCUGAAUUCACUAGCCAUGACUAUGGUUGCUGCCAAACCUCAAUAUGGAUUUACUGGUUUUCAUUCUGAAAUUGUAUUAGUUGUUUACGGUUUAUAUGAAUAUGGUUGUAAGUGACCUUGGAGGUUUUUAGUAACCUGAGGAGGAGGAGGAGGAGGAGGAGGAGGAGAAGUAGUUCAGCUGCUGGGACUUGUUGGGGUCUCCCAAAUUCUGAAAGUGUGGGAAACCCUCAAGUAGGCUCAUUCCAUUUCUUGGUUAUGGGACAGCCCUCCUCUCUUCCCUCCCUCUCUGUGCCCACCAUUUAGAAACUCUCCAAAGAGGUCCAGAAUGCUUUGGCAAAAGCCAACAACACCGCUGAGGAAACCAUAUCAGCCAUGAAGACUGUCCGCAGCUUUGCCAACGAGGAAGUGGAGGCGAACGUCUAUUCGGACAAACUGCAGCAAGUCUACAAACUCAACAAAAAAGAAGCCAUGGCUUACACCUACUAUGUGUGGUCCAGUGGGGUAGGUGGAAACUCUUCCCCCCUGCUGCUUUGCAGGUUACUGUCUUCACCUUCAUUGUCGUCAUGUUUACCUGUCCCUUUAACAUGGGUGGGUUCUGUGCAGACAUCUUAAAGACUGACAAAUGUAUCAUGGCAGAAACUUUCAUCCAUCUCAGCAGAUGCAUGGUGAUGAUAAUUGUUUGCGUGAGUCCCUGUCAGGGGGAUAUAUAUAUAUAUAUAUAUAUAUAUAUAUAUAUAUAUAUAGUUUCAUAUAGAGAGAGUAGGGCUGGGCAAUGUUAGAUUUUCAACAGUGUGAUGUAUCACCAGCCAGACAUUGCAGAUUGGCAAUAUACCGUGAUGUUGAAACAAGCUGCAUUGGCCCCAGCCGGCUAGACACAGGUUGACGCUGCCGCAGCUCUCACCACCAGAGCUCGAGCCCUUGUAGGCUAGGGCCAAUGCAGCUGGCCCAGGCCGCUGCCCAGCUGCCGGUGGGAGGGCUCCCCCCAGCCCAGUUGAGUCAGCCCCAACUCCUCAGCAGCAUCAGGCUUCGUGCAGCUGGGGUGUAGAAGCCUCCCUCGCACCAGCUGAGCAAUCUGAUGCUGCUGAGGCGUCAGGGGUGCUCGGUUGGGUGGGGCAGUUUCACAGAGCCCCUACCUCACUGUUAGCUUGGGAAGCUAGCACUGGAUUGGGGGCUCUGUUAAAUGCUUGGCUGAAGGGAAUGGCAACCAGGCGCCCUUUGGCUGAGCAGUUUAAAGAUGCGGAGGGAGGAACAAGUCGUAUCAGCAUCUCGAUGGUACAGCUUUUUUCUCCCUCUGUGCUAUACGAGGGCAGACCACGAAGUCGGUUUCAUUCUGCAGUACAGUGGUGCCUCGCAAGACGAAAAGAAUCCGUUCCGCGAGUCUCUUCGUCUUGCGAAGCAAGCCCAUUAGCGGUUUAGCGGCUUAGCGCUAUUAGCGGCUUAGCGGGCUUAGCGGAUCAGCUGAUAAGCGGCUUAGCAGCUUAGCGGAUCAGCUGAUAAGCGGCUUAGUGGCUUAACGGAUCAGCUGUUAAGCGGCUUAGCGGCUUGGGAAAAAGGGGGGGGAGGAAAAAACCCCCGCAGGAACUCGCAAGACAUUUUCGUCUUGCGAAGCAAGCCCAUAGGAAAUUCGUUUUGUGAAGCACCUCCAAAACGGAAAACCCUUUCGUCUAGCGGGUUUUCCGUCUUGCGAGGCAUUCGUCUUGCGGGGCACCACUGUAUAUUGCAAGUGAAACUGCCAUGCUUGCGAGUCCCUCUGCUAUCAGCAACCCCUGGAUGAAGUUGCGCUGCUAGCAGAGGGACUCAGGCGUGUGGCGGUUUCAUCAGCGAUGUACCGCUGAGUGAAACCAACAUUGUGGUCUUCUCCUCAUACCAGUCCUGGGCAAAAUACAGUGGUACCUCGGGUUACAUACGCUUCAGGUUACAUACGCUUCAGGUUACAGACUCCGCUAACCCAGAAAUAGUGCUUCAGGUUAAGAACUUUGCUUCAGGAUGAGAACAGAAAUUGUGCUCCAGUGGCGCAGCAGCAGCAGGAGGCCCCAUUAGCUAAAGUGGUGCUUCAGGUUAAGUACAGUUUCAGGUUAAGUAUGGACCUCCAGAACGAAUUAAGUACUUAACCUGAGGUACCACUGUAUCGAUAUAUCGCCCAGGCCUAAUAUAGAGAGAGUGUGAUUUACACGCCACCCCAAUCCCCCUUCAGCAGUGCCAGAGGCUUCAGGGGUUCCAGGCCUGUGUUUCCUUUGGGAAUAAGGCACAGCAGAGUGUGUGGUAUCUUCAUGUUAUUUGGUUUAUUUACACACAUACGCAACCUGAAGCUAGAUGAAGGGAUUGCGGAGCACCCACCCCCUUCUCUGCUUGUCAAACCUCCCCAGAAAUCCUAACCACUUUGGUCUCUGCCCACCAACGCACAACUGAGAGAGGGGCCCCUCUCCUCCUUGUCUGGUAGUCUUUGCUCUCUCCUUAUGUUUUCCUUGAUGGGCUGUCACGGUCACUGGCGGACGAAGGUGGGGGGCAGUCCACCCCAGGUGCCAUACCAGGGGUUGACAUCAUGGCCACCCCUGCCCCCUGGGACGCUCGCCACUCACUGUGCAUGCCCUGGGACGCACGCCACUUGCUGUGCACCCCCAACAUGUGCCGCGCCCCCUGGGACAUGCGCCCCCUGCUGCGUAUCCCCCAAUAUGUGCCAUGCCCCUCCCCCGCAGUGGGCGCGCCAGUCACUCCCCCAGAUGUACGCCACUCCUGGUGCCGGAGCAGGUAGCUCUGCCACUGGUCACGGGCGUUUGUUUCUUAAUGGCUUACACUCAUGUAGACCUGCCAGGCUGGUUCAUUAGCAUAAACCGCAUCCAGCCACGUUUGGCACAGUUUAAUCAAACCUUGAUUAAUUCUAACUUUUACUAAACCCAAGAAUUAUUGGUGCCUUACACCCACAAAACUCUGGCACCCCAACAAAUAACAAUAUAUAUUUGUUGCAUGAUUAUGACAAUUAAGUGUUUAAAAAUAUUUAUAUUUAUGUUAGCAGAUAAGCAUGUGUGCAUAAAUGCCCCCCUGCUAACAUAGCAUAACAUUUCAUGCAUCUGAUAAGGUGGAUUUCGGUCCAUGAAAUUUAUUAUUUUUAUACUGCCGUACUUCAUUUAUGAAUCUCUUCUCAUGAGGCAUCCCAAAGUGAUUUACAAUACAGUAAAAUCAUAUAUAGAACAGCUGCAUAUAUAAAAAUGUGUGUGUGUGUGUGUGUAUGAAAAUUAGAACAAUACAAUACAUAAAGUCAAUUCAAGUCCAGUGCAACUGGGAGUUAGGUAUCAGUCUUGCUAUAUUUAAAUGAAGACCAAAUCUUCUCUAGGGAGGAGGGAAAUGCUGUUUUGUGAUAUUGCAAACACCAGGUCACAGGUGCUGUGCACAGCUGGUUCCUGCUACUACAAACUAGCCUGUCCCUGAGUUUGAUCCUGGCCUGGAUAUUUAUAUACAGCACAGUGGAUGUCUUCCUUCGAUACCGUUGUACUCCCUGCAUGUUUUGUUGCCAAAAGACCACUCAUCCAGCCCUUAUUCCUGCAUUUAGCUGUUAAUGAAUCUUAAUGCUUUACACACUAUCAGUUGUAUACCAAACAUGUCACUAACUUCUCCUCUUCCUGGUAUAGUGCAUUUCUGCUCAGACCAAUGCCCUCUAUCCCCUCACUGCUUCAGUUUGUUCCUUGCCUUCAUCUUGCCUACACCAACCCAAACAUGGUUGCCAUUUAAGGUGAAACCUUGGUUUCUUGAACCCAGGAGAUACUCUGUCUCCUGUUUUUGAAUCUGGAUUCUAUGCUCGGUUUCAGCUAACACUCCUCAUUGUUCAAGUCAGCAUUUUGUACUACGGAGGCCACCUGGUGAUCACUGACCAGAUGACCAGUGGGAACCUGAUAUCCUUCAUUAUUUAUGAAUUUGUCCUUGGAGACUGCAUGGAGGUACGUUUCACCCAUCUGAAAGCAUCUAUGUCCCAGUCUUAAGAGAGCUAAAGUAACUGAUCUAUGUGGAGUUUCUUUCUUAUCAGGGUCUUCAGCAUUCUCCCACGGACUGUGUUUGUUUUCCAGUCUUAUGUGGGGCUCCAGCCUAGCCUGAGCUUCGGGUAUAUAGUUAUAUCUUCAUAAGUGUACUAGCAGAUUAUCUAUUCUACCACUGCAGUAUGCCUCUGAAUGCCAGUUGCUGGCAACUGAAAGUGGGGACAGUGCUGUUGAGCUUGGGUCCAGCUUUGGGGCUUGCCCUAGGCAUCUGGCUGGCUACUGUGAGAAACAGGAUGCUGAAUUAGAUGGGCCAUAUGUGCAGUCAUGCUUUUGAUGAAGAAGGAUCUAGGGGAAACCAAAUUUAUUUAUUUAAUUUAAAUUAUAAUUUAAAAUUGAUACUCUUGACCCACAACUCUCAGCAUCCCUGGCCAUUGGCCAUGGUGGCUGGGACUGAUAAGAGCUGGAGUCCAGCAACUACUUAGCUAGCUUCAAACAUACACAAAAUAAUCAUUUUUUUAAAGCGCUAUUGAUUAAACAUGAUGGCUUAAGUAUGUAAGAAGAGCCCUGCUGAAGAUCCUUAAUAGUCCAGCUUCUCACAGUGGCUUCCACGGUGGAGGAGAGGGUGAGAUGAGCCACAGUGCCCCUCCACUGGUCUGCUAAAAGACCAUCUCGUAAAACCUCCAAGUUAGAUAAAAGGCGAAAGAAGGGAAGAAGGAUCCAGCACGAAAGAUCCAACGCUCAGGUGCCCUGAGCCACACACAUCCUGGGCUGCCGUCACCCUCUAACAAUGCCCAUUAGUGAAGGUGUGUCCAAAACUGAGUGAGGCAACUUGAGUAAAUGUCAGCAUUGACCAUGCCUUCCUGGCUUAACCACUUGGGACAGCCUUCUUUUAAUUCUGAAUGAACCUUCUCACAGCAUGACGACUUAUUUGCAAAACAUCUUUUCAAAAGCAGGAAAUGUUCCUGAUUUGUUCCUUCCUUGUUGUAAUAUAAGAGGUUCUUAGAAUUGUAAUGUCCUCCACUUCUUUUAUUUUUUUAGUCUAUUGGUUCAGUCUACAGUGGGCUGAUGCAGGGUGUUGGAGCUGCCGAGAAAGUAUUUGAGUUCAUAGACCGCAAGCCGACCAUGGUGCACGAUGGCACUCUUGCCCCCAACCAGCUAGAAGGCAAAGUGGAGUUCAGGAAUGUCACCUUUGCUUACCGCACUCGACCUGCAACCCAGGUCUUGCAGGUAAGCUUCUCACACCUGCCUUGUUGCUGAACAUUUGGCUUUGGUGGCCAUGGAUAGCCAGUUUCUAAUAGUUACUUUAAAGACUUUGGCAGUGGGAAGGGAAGAUAAAAUACAUAUAUUAUAAACAAAGAACAAAGUGGCACUGCCAUGGUCAGGGAUGAUGGGAGUUGUAGUCCAAAACAUAUGGCGAGCAGCAGGUUGGGGAAAGGCUGAAAUAACCCCUAUUGGUCAUGCAGAAACAUCCUUUUGCUUUACAGAAUGUCUCCUUCACGCUUCAUCCUGGGAAAGUGACUGCGCUGGUGGGGCCCUCAGGCAGCGGGAAGAGUUCCUGUGUCAGCAUCAUGGAAAACUUCUACCCACUUGAAGAUGGGCAAGUCCUGCUGGAUGGACAGCCUAUUAACAUGUACGAGCACAAGUACCUGCACUCAGUGGUACGACUCGCUGGUAACCGUAUUCUAGCUCUUAAAUGGCCUUGGGCAAGGCUGAGCCACUUCUGUUGAAUUACAGACUUGAGCUUCCUGAAAAUAUUACUUUACUUUCAAGAAGAGAAAGAAGGAGAGUUUCUAGUCCUUAUGACUGCGAAAAUAGGUUUGAAACCUCAGAAACUGAACAAGCUUUUGGAGGUAGUGCCCUGUGUACCUCUUCCCUACAUUUUGCAAAACCGGAAGACAUUGUGGAAAAUAAUAUAAUUUAUACAGGUUGCAGAACUGAUUAAAUUGAAUGAACCUGCUCAGAAUCUCUCCCUCUUACCUUUCAGACAUGAAAGUACUGUGUAGCUAUUAAGCCAUUGAGCAUCCCACUCUGCAGUAGUGUUUGGUGAGGAAGUGCAGUGCAGGGGCUAAUGACAGAUAUUUGCAAAAGGAGGUUGUAAGAGGCUGUAUUACUCACACAGGACAAUGAAGUCAUGUAAUUAAUGCUUGGAAUUCACUCUGCUUAACAACGGAUGCCUUCACAAGCAAGGAUAGUCAUUUAAGCUGACUCUUCUUCCUCCCUUCCCUCCCUCCUCCCUUUCUCUAUGCAGAUAUCUCUGGUGAGCCAAGAACCGGUCCUUUUCGCUCGCUCUAUUGCAGAAAAUAUCUCCUAUGGCUUGGCCUCUGUCCCUUAUGAGUCAGUCAUUCAUGCUGCCCAAAAGGCCAACGCCCACACGUUUAUCACGGAAUUACAGGAUGGCUACCACACAGGUAUUGAAACUCUGCUUAUCUGUGUCUUCAAGAAAUCAGCAGCUGAGCCCAGAUUCAUACUUACUUGCAAGUGGUGGUGAUCUUGUGGGAUGGAGGAGGAGAUGGGUGCUCCUCUGCUUCUUGUGUGCAGAGCUCCUAGACACCCUAAAACAAGUGUGUGCUCAUGUAUUUUCCCCCUCUCAAACUGUGUCAUACACACAUAUACAUAUUUUGGUCUUAUAUUUAACCACUUGUUUAAAAAUACUCACUUUUAUUUAAUCAAAAGCAUGAUUAAAUAGCAUAUUAAUAUAAAGAAACAAGACAGUACAGAGGAAACAAGACAUUCACAUGAAAACUGAAAUUACACACACAAAACAUAUGAAAAAGGUUCAGGUUAUAUUUAAGCAGAUUAUAUUUAAGCAAGGAUAUGCUGGAGAAUCCUUGUGAUUAUUGACAGAGGGAAUCAGUACUAAUACAAGGCCUUCCCACUACCACAGUCCUAAGAGUAGUGGGUAAGGGUUUGGUGUGUGUUUUUAAUCCAUCCCCUCACAGCACAUUAAUAUGUCCUGGUAAGGGCAGAGAUGGGGAAGCUCCAGCCCAAUCUUGACCCACCAGGGGUUCACGUUGACCUGUGAGGCCAUUUUCCCUUAACCUCACCACUUGUUACAUCAUGUGAUAGGUGGGAGGACGAGGUUAAAUCCUGCACUGGCUGUGCACCCUUGGUUUCAGCAGGAAACAGGCACACAGCCACAACAGUGGUAUUUAGUGCACACUCAUCAACUGAUUAGUGGGGGUUCAACCCCACUCAGAUUGGCAGGAUUCCAUGCAGACCCUUUCCUGAAUGACUUGCCCUCACCAUGAUGUCAGAUGCAAGGUGUUUUGAAAUCCCAAAGUUGGAACUUCGAAGCACCUUGCAAUAAAGAGUUUCCCACUUCAUUUAAUGGGAUUUGCAAUGGAAUCCCCUGUUAAAUUAAGGAAAAAAACUUUAUUUUAGCAAUGCCUUGCAAGGUGCUUUGAAGUUCCAACUUUGGGACUUCAAACCACUUGCACCUGAUGUCACUGAGAGGGCAGCUCUACCCACCUGUCAAAUUUGACCCACAAGGCUGAUCCUGAUAAGCAUGUGGCCCAUGAAGCAAAAAAGGUUCCCCGCUCCUGCCUUACAGCCUAUGAGGUCUGUCAGUUUCAUUUUCAUGUUGCAGAUGAUGGAGGGUGGGCUGAGAGUGAGAAAAUGUGGCUUGCAUAAGACCUCCCUGCUGACUUCUUUUAACCCAGGACUUCCUUGUCUGUCUUAGCCCUCCCGGCUACUUUAGAUUUAAUGCUGAUUCCUCCCUUUCCUUUGAACCAACAGAAGCUGGUGAAAAGGGAACCCAGCUUUCUGGUGGUCAGAAGCAGAGAGUGGCUAUUGCGAGAGCUUUAAUCAGAAACCCACCAAUCCUGAUACUGGACGAAGCCACAAGUGCCCUGGAUGCAGAGAGUGAACAUGCGGUGAGCAUGCUUGUUUGGAGGGAGUGUUCUUGUUCAGGCAUAGCAUUAGGGUGCCAGUUAUACAGUUUUAAGGGCUUGCCAUACUGUGCUACCAUGAUGGACCCAUGUUGCCCACUGUUGACUGGCAGCAGCUGUCUGGGAAUUCAGGCUGAGGUCUUUCUCAGCCCUGCCUGUUAAUGCCAAGGACUGACCCUCAGUCCUUCUGUUCAACAUCUGGUAGUUUGCCACUGGGCUAGGGCCCCCUCCUUAGAGGGAGGGAGGAAUCAGGCUGCGAACAUUGAGCCAGGGCAAAUUCAAAGCAAAAAAUACAGAGAUAUGGGAACCUUCAGAGGCUUCAGUUUAAACUGUUGGUUUUUUUUACAUUGGCUUCCCUGCCUUGUCAACUGCAGGCUGCUGUUACUUGCCCCGGCUGGCUAUUUUCAAACCUGGUUUGUGUGUGUGUUGAGAGGGGAGGAGUUUGGUGGCAUUUUUGUUCUAUGUUUUAAUUUACCUGUCAUAAACCUCUGGGGCAGGUCUGUCUGGACAUGUGCACAAGGAAAUCAGCACGACGUUUGUGAGGCAUUUCUUUAACAACCUCUUUCUCUUGGCAGAUCCAGCAAGCCAUUUAUGGGGAUGCCCAGGGCCACACAGUGCUUGUCAUAGCCCACAGACUGAGCACUGUGGAGAAGGCACACAAUAUCAUUGUUCUCGACAAGGGCUGUGUGGUACAACAAGGGACACACAAGCAGCUCAUGGAAGAAGGUGGCCUUUAUUACAAGCUAGUGCAAAGACAGAUUCUCGGCCAUGAGUCCGGCACGGGGGACAGCUGUCAGGAUGGCAGCUUGCCUGGCAUCCGAAGAGAGUCUUCAAAGACAGGACUGGCUGAAGAGUUCAGAGUUUGAUGUCAUGUGUGCCGGACUUGAAAAUUUUGAACUGCACAGUUGGGCUGUCAGCUGAGCUCAGAGGUGAAAGCACUAUGGAAUCCAAUUGGCAUCCCACUGGAAGAGUCAACCUCUCCUCUUUAGCACAGCUUCACCAAUGUUUUCUGUCCGUUUACAGUGUUAUGCACUAAAUGUCCGGUGCACAUGACUCCCAGCAGGCAGUAUCCUGCUGAUCUGAGAGGAGAACCAGUGGGCCAACAAUUCCCGCCACAGCCCCUGUGUUUUCUUUUCCCACUGAUACGCAUGCAAAACUUGCUGUUAUUUAUAAACAGGUGUUUCUUUUAGGUGCAUGCAAUUGUAUGGGAAGAAGGAUGACCAGUUGAGGAUCUCUGAGGGUGAUUGUGUGGACUGGGAAGGGAAAUGUUGCCUUGGGACUAAGCCAGCAGUUGCUCUUUGGGAUCACUCCAGUGCCUGUAGACACCCUUGCUAAUGCCAUGCCUCAAGUAUGGCACCCUCAUUAAAACAGACAUUCUCUAGGGCACUUGGCUCAGGUUUUGACCAUCUUAGACCCAAAAAUUGCAAAAAUGACUAGUGGUUCUAGAUACCUCUGAGCUGAAGUGUGCAACUUAAUAUGGUGACAUAUUCACAUAGUGAAUAAUAUGCAUGAUGGCUUUUUAGAAGUAAGGAAGCAUCCAGAAUCAUUCCUUUGAAAAGCCAUGCUUCCAGUCCCCUAAGUGGCACUGCAGCAGAUGGCGAUAAAUGGUGGAUUGUGUCCCUGGCCUACAGACAAUUACAUAUAUGGUAAUAAACCCUGAGAGGGAUUCUUCUUCCCUUGGUUAGCUUUUGAUAUUUGGAGGUGCACACUUUUAAAACAGAAACAACUUAAAUGGUUUAAAUUUAUGUUGGCACUUAUCAGUUGUUGCAUACUGUCAGUCUGUACCAACAUUUGCAGCGAAUAAGACAAUCCUGUUUUCAAAACUUUGUUUUUGUGAGGGCAGUCAAGGCUUUAUCAUUUGGUUUCAAUGCAUAAAGUCAGGCAGGAAACACCCCCCCCAAAAAAAAAUCCACUGGGAAAAUUUCCUACGUGAGUAAGAGCAGUGUACCAAUUCUUCUCCAUUUGUUUCAAUGAGGUUUGCAGAAGAGACCUUCCCAAUGGCUUGUCACCAGUUUUGUUUGGGGAGUCCCAACAAGAUCUUGUUCAAGGUGUGGGUUCUGCCAGCAAUCCCAAAUAACUGCUGGGGGCUGGGAAUCAUUUUUUACAUUCUUUAAUUGUCAGGCAUUGGUCGCCUGAAUUAUUCUGUUCAUUUUGUUGUUUGUUGUUGUGUUUUGUUGUUGUUGUAGCAAAGCAAGGGGGGGCAAGGAGGAAAUAUGUUAUACCUCCACUUUGCACUGCCUAAUUUCACCCAGUCGUUUUACAGUUUCAUAAAUGAUUUGGAAGAGCUCACAGGCAUCCAAAACUGUGCUUAAAGAGUCAGGUGGCAGGGUGGGAAAUUACCAAAAUAACUAGACUAUGAAUUGAGGAUUGAGCAAUUUUAAAAAUCUUUCUCUUUCAAGUCUCUCCAGUUGCACUCAGUUGCAAAAUAAGCUCAAGCACUUUAGCUCAUUUUAAUUCCUUUCUGAUAUUUUGAUGCUGCUGUGUUUUUGGCAGAUUUUUUUUGCUGUUGGCAAAUUAUAUAUAGUGAUGUUUUACAAACACUUUACAAAAUAAAUAAAGACUACCUCUGACACUCA